AUGGAAUACCAUCAACGUCUUGUUAGAUCUACUUCAAGUGGUGCAAUAUUAGAUUACCCAACUAAUGGUUAUACAAAAGAAAAAAAUCCAAACUUUGGGAAUGAGCAAUAUUUAAUAGCAGAUUCUGUUAGGCAUAAGUUGCAAAUCUAUUGGAAUUUAAUUAAAAAAAAUACAAGAAUCUGUUCAAUAUUAGAUCCCCAUUCGAAAUUAAGACUUUUUUUUAAUAAUGCUGAUAUCAGUGAAGUUAACAAUGAUGUUAAAGAAUUAAUAACUGAGCAUAUUUCAAAUGCAAACAAUAAUAGCCAUAAUAAUAAUCAAUACCCUAUUUCACAUCAUAUAACAUUAAAGUAG